CUUUCAAUGCCAACUCUCUUCUGCCCACUGUCCCAUUUUAAAUGCAGCCUCCCCUCACCACUUCUCUCCCUGCCUCCUCCAUCUCUCUCUCUCUCUCUCUCUAGAUUCUCCCUUCUCCGAUGGCGCCGGCUUUCGUCCACCGUGACCCGAAGACGGUCUGCGUGAUGGACGCGUCAUGCCGUCUCGGUGCGUCACUCGUCGAAGCGCUCCUGCGUAGAGGCUACACUGUUCACGCCACGGCUUACGCGUCGUCCCAUGGGAAACUCAACGAUUUGAGGAGGCUGCAGUCAGGCGAAAACAAGCAGCAGCUCAGGUGCUUCAGAGCAGAUCCCUUCGACUACCAAAGCCUGGUGGACGCCAUGAAGGGCUGCUGGGGUCUUUUCUACGUUUUCGAACCGCCUCAUGAUCAACCCUACGACGAGUGCAUGGUGGAAGUGGAGGUGAGAGCUGCGCACAACGUGUUGGAAGCGUGUGCACAAACUGAGACCAUGGAGAGGGUCGUCUUCACGUCAUCGGUGACUGCAGUUGUCUGGAAGGAGGACCGCAGAUCGACGGCAACCGUGGACGAGAGGGACUGGAGCGAGCCCAACUUUUGCAGAGGAUUCAAGCUGUGGCACGCCCUGGGGAAGACGUUGGCGGAGAAGACGGCUUGGGCGCUAGCGAUGGACCGGGGUGUGGAGAUGAUCUCCGUCAACGCCGCCCUUCCGACGGGGCCUCAGCUCUCCGUCACCAACCCGUACCUGAAGGGAGCGGCGGAGAUGUACGAGGACGGCGUCCUGGUCACCGUCGACGUGCAGCUCCUGGUCGACGCUCACGUCGCUGUCUACGAGAGCCCCUCGGCUUACGGCCGUUACAUCUGCUUCGGCGACGCAGUGUGCCGCCCCCAAGACGCCGUCAAGUUGGCCAGCAUGCUGUCCCCUAACAGCUCCUGCGCACCACCACCGAGUGAUGAGCUGAGGGUGAUCGAACAGCGGAUCCAGAACAAGAAGCUUAGUAAGCUGAUGGUGAGCUUUUAUGCUGGAAGACACGUGGAGGAACAUGAACCCUCCAUGUAAUGGUAGCUAUCGGGAGAUUAUAUACUAAGUUACCAUAAAGUAUGAUACGCUUAGCACAUCACAUCAAGUAAAGAAGGGGAGACAGCCCCCCUUCAUCCAAAUGUACAUCAAACUUACAUGUCAAAUAUCCGCAGCUGAAUUAUGUGUCCGAAUAAUUGUUAAUAGCUACAAUAAAAAAAGAAUCUCGAUGUCGAAAGAUGAUUUAUUACAAGAAAGAAUGGGCUUUGAGAA